UGCGCCUGUGCUGAAUUCCAGCUGCAACUAUGAGAGAAAAUGAUGCCCAGGAUGGGCUCUGCCGCCCGCCGACUGCGGAGAGGCCCACACUGCACACGCGCAGACCCAGCGCCCGCGUCAAAACAUCAGCCGACAGCGCGUUCCCCAUGUCCUGCGCCUCCGGCUGGCAGGAGUUCCUCUCAGUUGUGACCCCCGCCGCCGGGCCGGGGCGGACGAGCUCAGGUCUGAUCGGCGAUGCCCCGGGAGAUCAUCACCCUGCAGCUGGGCCAGUGCGGCAACCAGAUUGGGUUCGAGUUCUGGAAACAGCUGUGUGCUGAACAUGGCAUCAGUCCCGAGGGCAUCGUAGAAGAGUUCGCCACCGAGGGCACUGACCGAAAAGACGUCUUUUUCUACCAGGCAGAUGAUGAGCAUUACAUCCCCCGGGCUGUGCUGCUGGACCUGGAGCCCCGGGUGAUCCAUUCCAUCCUCAACUCCUCCUAUGCCAAGCUCUACAACCCAGAGAACAUCUAUCUGUCGGAGCAUGGUGGAGGAGCUGGCAACAACUGGGGCAGGGGAUUCUCCCAGGGUGAGAAAAUUCAUGAGGACAUCUUUGACAUCAUAGACCGAGAAGCAGAUGGAAGUGACAGUCUAGAGGGAUUUGUGCUGUGUCACUCCAUUGCUGGGGGGACAGGUUCCGGUCUGGGCUCCUACCUCUUAGAGCGACUCAAUGACAGGUACCCCAAGAAAUUGGUGCAGACAUACUCUGUGUUCCCCAACCAAGACGAGAUGAGUGACGUGGUGGUCCAGCCCUACAACUCCCUCCUCACACUAAAGAGGCUGACCCAGAACGCGGACUGUGUGGUGGUGCUGGACAACACGGCCCUGAACCGGAUCGCCACAGACCGCCUGCACAUCCAGAACCCAUCCUUCUCCCAGAUCAACCAGCUGGUGUCCACCAUCAUGUCAGCCAGCACCACCACCCUGCGCUACCCUGGAUACAUGAACAAUGACCUCAUCGGCCUCAUCGCCUCGCUCAUUCCCACCCCUCGGCUCCACUUCCUCAUGACUGGCUAUACCCCCCUCACCACGGACCAGUCAGUGGCCAGUGUGAGGAAGACAACGGUCCUGGAUGUCAUGAGGCGCCUACUACAGCCCAAGAACGUGAUGGUGUCCACAGGCCGGGAUCGUCAGACCAACCACUGCUACAUCGCCAUCCUCAACAUCAUCCAGGGAGAGGUGGACCCCACCCAGGUCCACAAGAGCCUGCAGAGGAUCCGGGAAAGGAAACUGGCCAACUUCAUCCCCUGGGGCCCAGCCAGCAUCCAGGUGGCCCUGUCAAGGAAGUCUCCCUACCUGCCCUCAGCCCACCGGGUCAGCGGGCUCAUGAUGGCCAACCACACCAGUAUCUCCUCGCUUUUUGAAAGUUCCUGCCAGCAGUAUGACAAACUGUGGAAGCGGGGGGCCUUCCUGGAGCAGUUCCGAAAAGAGGACAUCUUCAAGGACAACUUUGAGGAGAUGCACAGAUCGAGGGAGGUGGUGCAGGAGCUCAUUGAUGAGUACCACGCCGCUACCCGGCCAGAUUACAUUUCCUGGGGCACCCAGGAGCAGUGACUCCAUCCUCUGCUGUCCCUUGGACAAGAAGCACAGCCCUCACCAUGCCCGGACCCUCUGACCCAACUUUGCCUCACAUUUUUGAGUUCGUGUCCAGUCUAGGAACUGUUCCUGUCUCUUCCUUUUCAUUCCUGUCUCUUGGCUGACUUAAGUUCUAAUAAAUAAAGUGUGAUGAUGAAUUGA